AUGCACGGCGCGAAACUACUGCGUUGGACGAACUCGCUGUUGGCGGACCUGCUCGUCAAAGAUGCGGCGACGUGUUUUCAGAGAGUCUCCUACCACAGCGCGCAGGGGCCGCGCGCGAAAUCCUCCACGCGCCGCCGCCCGCUCACCGCUGAUAUGGACCACGCGCAUCUGAAAAUGAGCGUGCGAGCGAAGUCUCUGCGUACUGGGGUGGAGGAUAUGCUUUUCUACACCAUCACAGAGGGGCGAGACCAGGUCCCCAUCUCUCACUUCAUGUCUGCCCUGAGGAAAUCCGGUCUUCAGCCCUCUGACCCCCGCCUCAAGGACUGCAUGGAGAAACUCCGGCAGGCUGUGAAGUGCUCCGUCGGCGAGGUGGUGAUGAACAGGGACCUCUUCAACAGAUGUGUCGGAGGAAACAUGGUCUUGCUGAUCCAAGCCUUCAGGAAAAAAUUCAUCAUCCCCGAGUUUGACGCUUUCACGCAAAACAUUGAUGAAAUUUACAACACGGUGAAAGAGCAAAGUGAAGGGCAGGUUGCAGAUUACAUCCCCCACCUGGCCAAGUUUAGUCCUGACCUGUGGGGAGUGUCUCUGUGUACAGUGGACGGUCAGAGACACUCAAUAGGCGAUACCAAGCAGCCGUUCUGUCUCCAGUCCUGUGUGAAGCCGCUGGAGUACGCCAUCGCCGUCCACGAGGCCGGCACAGAGAAGGUUCACCGCUACGUAGGCAUGGAGCCCAGCGGGCUCAAGUUCAACAAGCUCUCACUUGAUGAAGAAGACAAGCCCCACAACCCCAUGGUGAAUGCGGGAGCCAUCGUGAUCAGCUCUCUCAUCAAGCCCGGUUCAAACAAGGCAGAGAAGUUUGACUAUGUGAUGGAGUUUGUGAAGAGGAUAGCGGGCCAAGAGUUUGUGGGUUUCAGCAACGCCACGUUCCAGUCAGAAAAAGAAACCGGCGACAGAAAUUUUGCAAUUGGAUACUACAUGAAAGAAAAGAAGUGUUUUCCUGAGGGAGCGGACAUGAUUGAUGCACUGGACUUCUACUUUCAGCUUUGCUCCAUCGAGGUGACCUGUGAAUCGGGAAGCAUCAUGGCCGCCACUUUGGCCAACGGAGGGAUCUGUCCAAUCACAGGGGAGCGCGUUCUGAGUGCCGAGGCCGUGAGGAACACGCUGAGUCUCAUGCACUCCUGUGGCAUGUACGACUACUCCGGCCAGAUGGCUUUCCAUGUCGGCUUGCCUGCCAAGUCAGGGGUGUCCGGAGCCGUGCUGCUGGUGAUUCCCAACGUGAUGGGCGUGAUGUGCUGGUCUCCUCCGCUAGACCGGGUCGGGAACAGCGUUCGGGGAAUUCACUUCUGUCAGGAGCUGGUGUCACUCUUCAACUUCCACAACUACGACAACCUGCGACACUUUGUGAAGAAGCAGGACCCCCGCAGGCAGGACGGGGACGACAGGAACAAGUCUCUCUUCAACCUGAUGUUCGCUGCCUACAGCGGGGACGUGUCGGCUCUUCGAAGGUUUGCCCUCUCUUCAAUGGACAUGGAUCUGAAGGAUUAUGAUUCUCGAACAGCGCUACAUGUCGCUGCAGCCGAAGGUCAUGUAGAUGUGGUGCACUUCCUUACCAAAACCUGCCAUGUUAAUCCGUUUGUAAAGGACAGAUGGGGUAACAUGCCCAUAGACGACGCCUUGCAGUUCAGCCACGACUCGGUGGUCAAGAUGCUCAAAGACUAUCAGCAAGUCCACGUGCAGCAGGAACCCCGCAGGGCGGAGAGCGAGAAUUCCCGGAAGAUGGAAACAGCCGAGGGCAUGGUGUGACGUGCUGAAGGCCCCUCUGGAUCUGACAGUGUUAAAAGAAUUUUUUUGUGUGUUUGCAGUCCCAAUUUAGCAAAAUAUCAGGGUCCAUUUAUCACAACAGAACUGGAACUCCACCACAAGACCAGCUUCUAAAUUCGCAUAGCGGGACAUUGGGCCAUGUCCCGAAAGCAUCUGGAUGUGGGCCACUUCAGGCAGUGAUGUGGCACUGAUGGCCUUCUUCUGGCCCUGACAAAAUGGAUGUGAGCCUGAAGUGGCCCGUGUGGUAAAUGGUGAAUAUGGCCCAAAUAUCACAAAACAAAUAUGGACCACCUUUGGCACAUGCGGCAUUGCUAUGGCUUGGUUCUGGCCCAGAUCUGGUAAACGGGAGCGGACCGCCCAAGUGCCAUCAUUCCACGCGGUAUGUGGGCCGGAUGAAAGUGUCGGGUGUGGGACGGGUCCGGGCCACAGCAAUGUUGCUAUCUGGGGUGGUACAAACCAAAAUCUCUGGAUUGGUCCUGUUAGGACCGCAGCGACCCAUCAAAUGUGCUGGUUUAACGUUAGAGUUUCUAUUUAACACACCUGUUCUGGUGUCAUUUAUUCAAUAUGAGGGCCCAAAAUCUUAAUUUAGCGUUCUUCCAUACACUAUGUGGGGACCAUAAGCAUAUAUGGACAGAUCAUUAUUUCAAGGGAUUCUGUUACACAUUUGCAUAAUGUUUGAUCUUAUGUAACUAUUGCCUAAUAUUGUUUUUUACUGGAAAUGUAUCUUGUUAUUAUGUGUCCAGUAGAAAGUGGCUUCAUGUUGAGACAUGGGGAGAACGUUUCGUGACUGAACGGUCCCAGUUCGGUUCUGAUCCUGUACGAGCAAGAUUUAUUGUAAAUACUUUGAUCCUUAAUUGUAAAUACAGAAAGUGCCCUUAUCCCCUGAUACUGCAAUACUUUACUGAACAAAAUUCUCUGCAAAUUUUUUUUUUAUUUUUUAAAAGUAUUAUCAACGCCAAAAAGAGAGUAAUUCAUAAUACUGCAUUAGAAAAUAAAAGAUCUGC